GAUUAUUAUCAAUUAAUUUUAGUGAUGAUUAUUGCUGGAUGAAAUAAAACAUAAUUAGGGUUGAUUUAAGUAGAGGGGAUGAUGUAAAAUAGUAAGUAAGAAUGACGCAAGUAAACGAACAAGUUUGGUUGGUUGUUGUAUGACUUUUAUAUAUGUUUUGUAUGAAGUAGUGUUACUUGUAGCCAGGCAACGCGCAAUGACCACAGUAGUUGAGACCAGAGUUAACUUAUAUUAUCAACAUAUAUCACCCGAACUUGACCUCUUACUUUUUUUGUUGUGUCCUCAUUUUUAUCAUCACCGUUAAUCAUUAACACUAAAUUCAGAGGCUUCAGUGAAAUUUUAUCAUUUUAAUAUCGACGAUUACAAAAGUAACAAAAAGACAUAUACUAGUGGUUAUAUUAUUGUAUGAGAGAUUGUUAUUACAAUGAAAAUAAUAGUAAUUAAUAUUAAUUUGACAUUUAAUUAUAAUGAAUUUGUGUAUAAAUCUUUAGAUGAAAUUGUCUUGACAUAAUGAAGUACAAUGAGGAAGAUGAUGAUGAUGAAUUCUCUUGAAUUUACAUGCGCUCAUUUAAAUCCACCCAUAAUGUGUGUGCUUUAUUUUAAAUUUGUUAAUUUAAAAAUGUGUUGGUGUUAAACUUAAAUUUUAAAUGUUAAAAAAAACAAUAAUUUAGAAAAUGAUAAUGAAAACAAAUAAAUAGCGCAGUAGAUAAAAAUGAACAUAUUGUUAAUGACAAAAUGCUCGGACCAGUGUAAAAAAAUCUAAAAAUCCUUCUGGUAAAGUCAAAUAGACUGCGGAAGGAUUUAACGAACUGAAUAUAAAAACCGGCAGGAUCGUUUAUUUGGUAAAAAAUAUUUAAAAAUAAUAAAUUGAGAGUGAAUAGAAUGACAAUAAGAAGGCUUGCUGUUUUGGCAGCUAUUAAAUCAAACCAAUUAAAUGGUACUACUCCUAAUAAUGAUAAUGAUCCAUGUCUUCUAGGACAUAAUAUGUCGGCUAACGGAGAUGUUGGAAUGUUUGGAGUUGAUUUACACAACAACGUUUUUAUCCAAGGAGCAGUCCUUAUGGGAGCUUUGAUGGCUGCAGUGCUUGCAUGUUAUUGCUGUCUUAGAAAUUCGGAAAAAACUCGUCAACAAGAACGCACUGAAUAUACUGUAGCAGAACCAGAUGUUCAAAGUCUUCAAGUUUUUACAACUAACUCAUAUACUGACCGAGAGUUUGAUGAGCAACGUUAUGAAGAUUGGAUCGAUCGUAUGAAUGAAGAAUUAACAUCAUUACCAGCAUGCCCAGGAACACCUGGGCCACCACCAGCAUAUGAGAGUCUUAUAUUUAAUUUACAAAAUUUACCAUCACCAAGUCAAAAAGACGAUCCUGUAAUACCAGACGAUACUAUUUAUCAAGUUGAAAAAGAAAAAAAUGAAAAUGAUAAAGAUGAUAAGGAAGAUGAUGGAUUGCCGCCUUAUGAAGCUGCUAUAAAACUCGCGGGUGAUGGAUAUGUUUAAAAAAACUUAAUUUAAAUAAUAAAGUAAAUAUUUAAAUUAUCAGACACUUGACUUUUGAGUAUUUAAAAAAUUAUAUACCCAUGAAAUUAAAUUUCGUGAUAUGAUAAUCAAUAAUUUAACUAAAUAUUAACUCGGGAAUAAAACUUACUGAAUA